AUGGGUCACAAGUCGAGUAAAUUGGCGAUUGAUGGCCUUGGCAACCCUACACCGCUGCCUACGCCGCCCUUGGAAGAGUCGCGAGUCAAGGUUGAUCAACUCCUGUUGGCAUUGAGCAGUAAUUACCAGUUCAACUCGCUUGGUGAGCGCUUGGUGAACGAGUAUUUUCUGGGGGCCACCCCCGCAGAACUCAUCAAAACCUUCGACACUGAAGCUGCCAAGCUGCCCAAGUGGGUUCAAGAUGAUCCGGAGGCAGACAGUGUGUGUGAAGACAAUAUUCGUGAAUUUGCAAAUGACGUACAGUACCAAGAACGCUAUUACGACUUUUUUCGCGACCAACUUACGGAAUCUACCGAGUGGGAAAGUGUGGUAGCCCAGUUUCAAGACUUGAUUUUUGACGGAUUGUUCAGAUACGAGGCUAGAGCACUUAUCCAUCUGGCGUGUGCUGCUGAAAUCAACCACCCGGUCAUGGCAAUGGAAGCGCUGGGAAUGGCCGCGUGGGCUACCCCUGAUGAACCAUCCCCGCCAGUCAGACAGGGUGCUGAUUUGAGAGUAGUGCUACAGCGUGCUUUGAACAGAGGCUUUACGGCUGCUCGAGCAGCCGCCGCAGUCUGUGAAUUGACUAUGGGACGGAAUUAUUUACCACCCCGAAAGUUGGUUGAUCGACUUGCGUACGAGCUCCAGCACUUUCCUGAAAGCGAUGCAGAUUGGACACGGGCCCGGUUUAUUCUAGAGGCUUGCUUGUCAAAAUUAGGUUGUUAA